UCAGCCUUCACCAUGCAUGUUCGAGGAAACUCUUAUCCUCAUCAAAAUCUCAUCUUGAUCUUCUUUUGCUUCAUCACUUUCAAUCUUCUAUAUAAAGAGCUGCCGCCAUAGCCAAAGGGAGGCAUAACAAUGGAGCUCCGAUUUCAAACACUGGCUGCUGCUGCUACGUUAGCAUUCGUGGCGUUGAUAUACACUUGGAAAUUACUGAAUUGGGCAUACAUCAAGCCUAAAAAGUUGGAGAAAGCCCUCAGGAAGCAGGGGCUAAAGGGUAAUCCUUACAAAUUGAUGUAUGGCGACUUGAAGGAGCUUAUGCAGUCGAUCAUCGAAGCUAGGUCUUCCCCAAUUGAUCUCCACGAUGAUAUCAAGCCCAGACUCCAAUCAUUUUUCCUCAAUAUCCUUCAAAAAUACGGAAAUGAGUGUUUCUUUUGGCUAGGGACGAUACCCUCAGUUGUGUUGAUGGAUCCUGAGCUAAUUAAGGAGGUGCUCAACAAGAGUUAUGUAUACCUAAAGCAAGAAAGCCGGAAUCCACUAGCAAAGGUGCUUGCACAAGGAGUUCUCAGCGAAGAAAAAGAUAAAUGGGCCAAACACAGGAAGAUCAUCAAUCCUGCUUUCCAUGUUGAAAAACUCAAGCUAAUGAUCCCAGCUUUUCAUUUGAGCUGUGAAGAAGUGUUGACCAAAUGGGAGGAGAAGGCCGUCUCCGGUGGUGAGGUGGACAUAUGGCCGGAUUUGCAGAGCUUAACGAGCGAUGCCAUUUCAAGAACUGCGUUUGGGAGCAGCUACCGAGAAGGUAGAAGGAUAUUCCAGCUCCAGAAAGAGCAGGCAGAGUUUGUGAUGCAAGCUUCGCGGUCUUUAUAUAUCCCGGGAUGGAGAUUUGUUCCCACCAAGAAGAAUAGGAGAAUAAAGGAGACUGAUAGAGAAAUCCAGUCGAUGAUCCGGGAUCUCAUCAGCAGAAGGAUCAAGUCGAUGAAAACAGAGGAAGCCGGGAGCCGGGACGACCUUCUUGGGAUAUUGCUGGAGUCCAACUUUCAAGAAAUUGAAGAGGGUGGCAACGGGAGCUACGGAUUGAGCAUAGCCGAGAUAGUCGAGGAGUGCAAGCUCUUCUACUUUGCAGGGCAGGAGACCACCUCCUCGUGGCUCGUGUGGGUGAUGGUGAUGCUGAGCGUUCAUCCCGACUGGCAGGCCAAAGCCCGGGAAGAGGUUUUGCACGUCUUUGGUGGCAGGAAACCGGACUUUGCUGGCUUGAAUCACCUCAAGAUUGUGACCAUGAUUCUGUACGAGGUUUUGAGGCUUUACCCGCCUGUAGUGGCACUGGGGCGGAGAGUGAGCGAGGAGACGAAGUUGGGCAAGAUGAGGCUGCCGGCUGGGGUGCAGAUAUCGCUUCCGAUCCUGAUAUUGCAUCACGACCGGAGGAUAUGGGGGGACGACGCUUUGGAGUUCAAUCCGGAGAGGUUCAGUGAAGGAGUGGCGAAGGCGCAGAAGGGGGGGCAGGGGAUAUUCUUCCCGUUCGGGUGGGGGCCGCGCAUAUGCGUGGGGCAAGUGUUUGCGAUGCUGGAGGCGAAGACAGUGGUGGCGAUGAUUCUGCAGCGCUUCUCGUUCGAGCUUUCGCCUUCGUACACGCAUGCUCCUUGCACCGUUGUUACCACUCAGCCUCAGCAUGGAGCUCACCUUAUCCUUCGCAAAAUCUAGCUUUCUUUAUUUUCUUUUUGUUGAUAUAUCUCAUGCAAUUUAAACUUUGAUGAUAUAUAGUUUGAAUUUUUUACUUUUCGUCA